GCCGUUGUCACGAAGAGCGUUAACGUCUGUGUAACAUCCGUAAUCCCAUCAUCUACAGAUACAUAGGAAGAGUGUUUGAGUCAAGAUGCCCCAGACGAAUAAGGCUAAAACUUCCGGUGGAUCUGCCGGUGAAGUGUCCGGUCGGGAGAGCGGAGAACCUCCACCGGCUGGAGCCGAACCGCGAGUCUCCAAACCCGAACCUGACGGAGCCGGAGCAUCGGAUCAGAGUGACCCGAAAAUAAACAAAUCACCAAGCGACCCCAAAACAUACAGGUACAUUGAGCUGAGCAAUGGACUCAAAGCACUACUCAUAUCAGACCUCACCCAGUCAGAAAGUAACGGAGAGCCAGUUGCCGAAGAAGAGGAAGAGGAAGGUGACAGUAGGAGCACCAAUGAAGGCAGCAGUUGCGCGAAUAAAUGCAGUGAAGGUGUGAAGAAGAGUUGCCGUUCAGAGAAACAGUCCGCAGCUGCGCUCUGUAUCAGCGUGGGAAGCUUCAGCGACCCUGCGGAUCUACCUGGUCUCGCCCAUUUCCUCGAACACAUGGUCUUCAUGGGUAGCGAGAAGUACCCAGCCGAAAAUGGCUUUGAUGCGUUCCUGAAAAAACACGGUGGAAGUGACAACGCCUCCACAGACUGUGAACGAACCAUCUUCAAGUUUGAUGUUCAGAGAAAGUACUUCAAAGAAGCACUAGAUCGGUGGGCGCAGUUUUUCAUUUGUCCGCUGAUGAUUCCUGAUGCGGUUGACAGGGAGGUGGAGGCUGUAGACAGCGAGUACCAGAUGGCCCAGCCAUUAGACUCUAAUCGCAAAGAGAUGCUGUUUGGAGGUCUAGCAAAAGCCGGUCACCCAAUGAGCAAGUUCUUCUGGGGAAAUGCUCAGACGUUAAAAAACGAACCCAAAGAGAAGAAUAUCAACACUUAUGAGCGUCUGAGAGAGUUUUGGAGGAGGUAUUAUUCUGCUCAUUACAUGACACUCGCUGUGCAGUCCAAAGAAACACUUGAUACUCUGGAAGAAUGGGUGCGUGAAAUCUUUAUUAAGAUACCAAACAAUGGUCAGCCACGGGCGGAUUUUUCAGACCUUCAGGAUCCAUUUGAUACUCCGGAUUUCAACAAGCUUUACAGAGUGGUGCCUGUGCGAAAGAUGCAUGCGCUGACCAUCAGCUGGGCUCUUCCACCUCAGGGCAAACAUUACAGAGUGAAACCCCUGCAUUACAUUUCCUGGCUGAUUGGUCAUGAAGGAGCUGGAAGUAUACUGUCUUUACUCAGAAAGAAGUGCUGGGCUCUGGCUCUGUUUGGAGGAAACUGCGAGUCGGGUUUCGAUCAGAACACCACCUACUCCAUCUUCAGCGUUUCAAUCAGUCUGAGCGACGAGGGCUUCCAGAACUUCUUCCAGGUCAUUCAUAUAGUCUUCCAGUAUGUGAAAAUGCUUCAGUCCGUUGGACCUCUGCAAAGGAUCUAUGAAGAAAUCCAGAAGAUUGAAGCCAAUGCGUUUCACUAUCAGGAGCAGACGGAACCAAUUGAGUUUGUGGCGAACAUUUGUGAAAACAUGCAGCUUUUCCCCAAAGAGGACUUCCUGUGUGGAGACCAGCUGAUGUUUGAAUACAACCCAGAGGUCAUCUCAGCUGCUUUGACACUCUUGACUCCAGCGACGGCUAACAUAUUACUGCUGUCACCCGAGCACGAUGGACUCUGUCCUCUAAAGGAGAAGUGGUUUGGGACGCAGUACAGUGUUGAAGAUAUCCCGCAAGAAUACCGUGAUCUUUGGGCUGGAGAUUUCCCAUUGAACCCGGACCUUCACCUCCUAGCUGAAAACAGGUUUAUAGCCACGGAUUUCACCCUCAUAACAUCAGACUGUCCUGACACGGAUUUCCCAGUCAAAAUAAUUGACAACGAGAGAGGCCGUCUCUGGUUCAGAAAAGAUGACAAGUUCAAAAUACCCAAAGCUUAUGCACGUUUCCAGCUGCUGACGCCAUUCAUACAGGAAUCGCCUAAAAAUCUGGUCCUAUUUGAUCUCUUUGUGAAUACUUUGGCUCAUAAUCUGGCGGAGCCGGCGUAUGACGCUGAAGUGGCUCAGUUGGAGUAUAUGUUAGUUCCUGGAGACUAUGGCUUGUUUAUCAGACUCAAAGGAUUCAACCACAAACUGCCUUUGCUUCUAAACCUGAUCGUAGACCACCUGGCUGACUUCAGCGCCACUCCAGAUGUGUUUAGCAUGUUCACUGAACAGCUAAAGAAAACCUACUAUAUCAUCCUUAUCAAACCAGAUCGACUUGGAAAAGAUGUUCGGCUGCAGAUCCUGGAGCACCAUCGCUGGUCUGUGAUGCAGAAAUAUGAAGCCAUCAUGGCGGACCUCAGUGUGACUGAUCUCAUGGACUUUGUGAAUCGUUUCAAGGCCGAGUUAUUCGUGGAAGGACUCGUACAAGGGAACCUCACAAGUGCUGAAUCCAAAGAAUUUCUGCAGUAUUUUAUAGAGAAACUCCAGUACAAACCUCCUCCAGCUGAACCUCCUGUCCUGUUUCGAGUGGUGGAGUUGCCACAGAUGCAUCAUUUAUGUAAAGUUCAGUCUCUCAAUAAAGCGGACGCUAACUCUGAAGUCACAGUAUACUAUCAGACAGGGUUGAAGAACUUGCGGGAACAUACACUGAUGGAGCUGCUUGUGAUGCACAUGGAGGAACCCUGCUUUGAUUUCCUAAGGACAAAGGAAACUCUAGGGUAUCAGGUGUACCCGUCCUGCAGAAACACCUCCGGUGUCCUUGGCUUCUCAGUUACUGUUGAGACUCAGGCGACCAAGUUCAGCACUGACUUUGUGGAAGGAAAAAUUGAAGCUUUUCUAGUCAGCUUUGAGGAGAAGAUGGUUAACUUGUCGGACGAGGCUUUUCAAGCUCAAGUGACGGCCCUGAUCAAGCUGAAGGAGUGUGAAGACACGCAGCUCGGGGAAGAAGUGGACAGGAACUGGUUUGAAGUGGUCACGCAGCAGUAUGUCUUUGACAGGCUCAAUAAAGAAAUCGAAGUCCUGAAGAAUGUCACCAAAGAUGAACUGCUAUCUUUUUUCAUGGAGCACAGACACGAAAGCAGUAGAAAACUGAGUAUACAUGUGGUUGGAUUUGGAGAGAAAGAGAAGGAAACCCACGGAAACGAUCAAUCCAGUUCAGCCCCGGAGACUCAGGAUGCAGAAACGAAGACUUCCUCAUACGGGGACGUCUCCGAGCUCAUCUUCCUCCCUGCCUCGCCCGUCCUCGCCAAAGCCACCAGGAUAACAGACAUCCGUGCGUUCACGUCUUCCCUCAACCUGCACCCCUAUCAUAAGGUCCUCCAGUGAGACUGAAGUGCACUAAGAGACACGGCUACCUCCAGACGAGACACUGCAAAAACACGCUCGUCUGUCUCUGUCGUUAUCUGUUACAUAAAAUAUACAAGUGGGUCUUGCAUUCAGUUAAGUGUUGUUUAUGUAAUCCAGUUUUUCAUGUAUUUCAGAUGGCACAAAUCAAAGUAACAUUUGUAUGUAUUAGAUUAUCAGGGAUAAUACACAGAUCAUUCAAAUAUAUAGAUUGAAUAUCAGAUUUUAUUGAAAACAAAUGAUUGCUGGAAAUCAUUUUUUAAGGUAAGAAUGUAUUUUAUCUGUAUUUCUCAUUGUGAAUAAAAAUAUGGAGAUGUGGAUGCAA